GGGCCGCGCAAACUAGGUGUGCGAGAUGUGCGAAAAACAAGGGCGGCAAAAAGUGGUAAUAUUCCAGGGGCGACAAAUGAAUUUUGACGCUUAGGGGUUUAGUAGGUAUCGUAUGGUUCUAUCGUCAAUCAAUAUUUUCUUGACAUGCAAUUUGUAAUAAAUAUACAACAUACUACAAUAUAACAAAUAAAUACAAUAAUUUAUAACAGGAUAGUAACUAGCGACAUUGUGUACAAUACUACAUUAGCUUUAAGCGAGUGGCUGUAUCGACUAUCGAGUUAUUUAAACAACUUUAAAAUAAAUCUGUUAAAUUUCAUCAGUCCACGGGAAUUACCCAAGAUAAGCCGAGCACUAGACCGUCGAUCCUUGGUAAACAACCGCAGCGUUGUCGUCGGACACGUGCAGCUGGUCGUCGCGGUCGGAUAGAGUAUAAAUGUAUAAUAUUUAUGUUUAAUGUAAAAUCAUUAUUCAUUUGUAAAAGUGUAGGUAAACAUUAAAAUUUUUCGUUAUUUUAAUAUUUUAUAUCUACGUUACGUCGUUACCUACGUUUAUUGUGUAUUUUUAUGUGUUUCUGUAUUAUAACUUAAUUUACUAUGAACCGCAAGCGAUUAAGUGGUGCUGGUUAUCGGAAAAUAUAUCAAGAGAAAGCACAGAAGUUGGAGGAUGUGCUAUCCAAAACUAGAAAAAUUAAUGAUUUUUUCUCAAAUGCUAGCACGGAAGCUGAAGUUAAUCUGACCGAUCUAGGUAAUACCUCAUUGUCACCGCAAAGAAUUAUAAGCGUGAAAGAAGAUGUUGAUGAGUCCAUGAAUGAAAUCACUUCAUUGGUAUCAGAAAAAUAUAUAAGUAAGAAAGAAGAUAUUGGUGAGUCCAUGAAUGAUUUAUUAGUGGAAAACAUUUUGAUAUCUGAUGAUCCUGGUACAUGGCCUGAUCAUUUGAACAAUAAAAGUAUAGAAAUUUUAAUAAUGCACCAUCCUGUUCAAGUGAAAAAUUAUAACUUUCCUUUAGAUGAAAUGAAUAGAAAAUUUUCUGAAGUUUACUAUUACCGUAAUAUGAGUAAUAGCGAAAAAAUUAUUCGACCUUGGUUACUAUAUUCCAUUAUUAAUAAUAGUGUUUAUUGUCUUUAUUGUAAAAUAUUUAACAAAAAACAAAGCAAUCAAUUUAUUACUGGGUGUAAUGACUGGCAGCAUUUAUCUUUUUUACUUUCCAAACAUGAAUUAAGUUAUAACCAUUUAACUUGUUGUCAAGAAUGGUCAAAAUUAACAUUAUCUCUAAAAAAAGGGACCACCAUUGAUUGUAUACAACAACGAAUAUAUGAAUUAGAAAAAAAACGGUGGUGUGCUGUAUUAGAGAGAAUUGUUUAUAUUAUUCAAUUUUUAUCUCAACAAUCUUUGGCUUUUAGAGGAAGUUCUAAUUUACUUUAUCAUCAUGACAAUGGUAAUUUUUUAAAACUUACUGAAAUGAUAUCUAAAUUUGAUAAUGUGAUGUUGGAACAUUUGCGUAGAGUGGAAAAAUCACAAAAUUGUCAUUCAAAACAGGCUCAUUACUUAGGAGAUAAAAUUCAAAAUGAGUUGAUAGCUUUAAUAGCAGAAAAUAUAAAAUCAAAAAUAAUUGACAUGUUAAAAGAAUCAAAAUACUAUUCAAUUAUUCUUGAUUGUACUCCAGACGUGAGUCAUUCAGAACAAUUGACAAUUGUUGUAAGAUUUGUUAAAAAGAACGAAGCAGUAAUUUGUGAACAUUUUUUAGGUUUUGUUCCCAUUAAUGAUUCUACAGGAAAAGGACUUUCAGAUUGUUUAUUAAAUGUUUUAACUGAAUUAAAAUUAAACAUAAAUGACCUAAGAGGACAAGGCUACGACAAUGGUGCGAACAUGCGAGGAAAGCACAAUGGUGUACAGAAAAAAAUUCUUCAGAUAAAUCCUCGUGCUUUUUUUGUGCCUUGUUCUGCACAUUCCCUUAAUCUAGUUGUAAAUGAUGCUGCUAAAAUGUCAUUUGAAAUUGUUGAUUUUUUUAAUAUUGUUCAAGAGUUAUAUGUUUAUUUCUCUGCGUCAACAAAACGUUGGAAUAUUCUAAAAAAAAAUAUUUCAAAUUUAACAUUAAAACCUUUAUCAAACACUAGAUGGGAAAGUAGAAUUGAAUCGAUUAAGCCACUAAAAUAUCAGCUUGGAGAAAUAUAUGAUUCUUUAAUUCAAAUAAAUGAAGAUGAGACAGAGGACAUGAACACACGACUACUAGCCCAGUCGCUGGGUAAAAAAAUACAAUCCUUCAAAUUUAUUUGUGCUACAAUAAUAUGGUAUAAAAUAUUAUCAAAAAUUAAUGUUGUGAGUAAAAUGUUUCAAGACCCAAAAUUAAAUAUUGGCGUUGCUUUAGAGAUGAUCGAAAAUUUAAAAGAAUACUUUACAAAUAAAAGAAGUGAUGAACAUUUUUUAGAUAUUAUCUCAAAGUCAAAAGAGUUAUCUUUAGAUGUAAACGGAGACACUACAUUUCCAAUAGAACAAAGACUUAGGAAAAGAAAGAAACAUUUUGAUUAUGAGACUGAAGAUGAACCCAUAAUUGAUCCACAUAAUAGUUUUAAAUGUAACUUUUACUAUACUAUUUUAGAUUCUACUCUUUCAUCACUUAAUGAAAGAUUUGAGUUACUUAGAUCAAAUUCGGAUAUAUUUUUAAUAUUUUAUUCAAUUAAGAAUUUAAUACAAAUGUCUGAUAUAGAAUUACUCAAACAUUGUAAUGAUUUACAAAUACAUCUGACCGAUAAUGUCCUUAAUGAAUCUGAUAUAAGUGGUCCUGAGUUGUACGAAGAAAUUAAAUCAUUAAGAAUUCAUUUAAAAUUAGAUUACAAUUCUCAUGAUGUUUUAAAUUAUAUUCAUACAAAUGGUUUAUCAUCAUUUUUCCCUAACACGUGUAUUGCUCUACGCAUUUAUUUAACAAUGCCUGUUAGUGUUGCUACAGGAGAAAGAUCUUUUUCAAAGUUAAAGAUAGUCAAAAAUUAUCUUAGAUCAACCAUGAAACAAGAUAGAUUGACUAAUCUGUCAAUUAUUUCAAUUGAACAUCAAUUAUGUCAAAGUGUGGAUACAAAAUCAUUAAUUGAAAAGUUUUCAGCUGUAAAAGCUAGAAAAGUUCAUUUUGUUUAAGUUCAAAAAUUAUACAUUUAUAUAAUAAGCUAUUUUGUAACAUUAUAAUAUAUUCUAUGUAAUUA